AUGGAGCAAGACGAACUGAUAGAUUCAUCAACACGAACGGAGGCUGCUUUAAUAUUAACUCCUAAGUUUAAUUUUUCUCUUAAUCAUCGUGUUGUCCCGAAUUGCGCUUUGUUAGCAACACUAGAACCUGGAACUGAACCCACUCUUAUUGCUGUUUCAACUUCUAACAAAGUCAUAAUUAAGAGCAAUGAAAGUACACUGAACAUAUUAGACAAGAUAAAAUGCAUAUCUUGUGCUCCUUUUGGAAAAGGCUACGACUACCUGGCGAUCGGAACAGAGUCCCAACUCAUUCUUUUCGACACUUAUAAGAACACAACCAUAUUUCAGAAGGAUAUACCUGAUGGAGUAAACUGCAUAUCAGUUGGUAUUCUGGAAGAUAGAGAGCCGAUGAUUAUUUGUGGAGGCAAUUGUGCCAUAUGGGGCUUUGAUGAAACGGGUGCUGACAAGUAUUGGACAGUAACAGGAGAUUCCGUUACAACAAUGUGUCUCUGUGACUAUGAUGAUGAUGGGAAGUUGGAGUUGAUUGUUGGAUCACCUGAUUAUGAAAUUCGCAUUUUCAAAGACGACUUGAUGCGGUCGGAGAUAAUGGAAACUGAUGCUGUUACCCAUUUGACAGCCAUAUCGAAAAAUCGUUUUGUGUACUCUCUUGCCAACGGUACGUUAGGAAUGUACAGAAAGGAUCAGCGGCUCUGGCGAAUCAAAUCUAAAUAUGUUAUUAAUACCAUACUGAAUUUUCCUAAUCAGGAAGAUCUUUUUACAUGUGUUUGGAGUAAUGGGAAGAUUGAUAUCAGAUAUAUUAAUACAAACGAAACAUUGCAUUUCAAAGUUCCAGAGAAAGCCGUUCAGGUUGCUUCAGCUUUUUCUCAUUUCAACAAGGAGGCAAAUGAUGAGGAGGUUACUGUGAUAUCUGUAGACGGCAAAGUGCUGGGAUAUCAUUUGGAAUCUAAGGCUGAGAAGGUGGACAAAACCCAAGAAGACUUACGUUCGUUCGGUCAGAAAAAACACAAUCUUUUGAUGGAACUUAGCAACUUUGAAGCGGAAGAACAGAUUACGGAAUCAGAGAAAGAGAAGGAUAGAAUACCUGCCAAUACUAACUUAUCUUCGAAUUUUGCAAUUGAUUAUGAGAACAGAAUGUUGCAAGUCUUUCUAAAAACAACAAAUAUGGUUUGUAUAACUGGAGUUGUAGCAUUUGCUGAAGGAAUGUUUGACGGUGAUUCUUAUAUUUGGAUCCCUACCAAGUUUGACGGUAAUGGUGACGAAAUUUAUAUCCCAUUGCUACCCCACACGGACAGUGAAAACGAUAUAAGUCUACGUGUGUUUCUAGGAAGACCAGAUAAACCAAAACUGUUUGUGUUCGAAUGUAUACAACAUGUACCAAGGUUUGCCAGAUUUGCAUUAGUUGAUGAGCAUCCUGAUUAUAAAACCCCCGAUUGUCACGUAGAAUUCAUUUUGAAGACACGAACGCAACGAAUUCAUGAUUGGUUGCAACAAUCUUUUAUUAUAAACGGUGACAAAUUGAAUCCCGAAGCUGUAACUGUCGAUGCGAAGUUUAUUGAAUUAGCUCCAAACAAGAAACAAUGUCUGUUGAUUACAUAUGAAUCUACAGAGGGGAAAAUGACUAUUCACUCAGAGUCUCUCGAAACAGCUUCAAAUUUAAUCCAAUCGUUAGCCAAUUUUGUAAGUAUCGAGAAUUUGGAAUCGACAGCCGUGUUCCCUAGACAAUUCAAAGAGAUAGAGGAAAUCGUGUCUGAGAUAGACACCAUGCAUAACGUCAAAGACCGCUUGGGAGCUGAGUUAACUGAUCGUUUGAAAGUAUUGAAAGAGGUCAUAAUAAGAGCAGAAGACGCUAUUGUUCUUGAGGACUGGGAUCUCACCAAACGAUAUUUCACAAGAUUGAAGAACUUCGAGCGUGAAGCUAGACAAGCCUUUCUAUUGAAAACAUCGAACAAUGAACGAGUACUUGAAUCUUUGCGGAAGUUGAACAAAAUAAUAGAAAAUGCUUCAAAGCUUCGAGUCGGUGAACCCGCCCGAUCAAUCGUAAGCGCUUGCCGUGAAGCUAUUGCCAACGAAAAUAAGGAUAUCAUAGUACGAAUAUUACAGUUUGGAGCAUAA